AUGGGUAUCUCGAAUCCCAUCGCCUUCAAGCCGUUCGCGGUUACGUUCUGGACCACGGUCGUCUAUCUCGCCGUACUCAUUCCGCUUCUCGUCAUACACGAAACAGUUCCACCUCCGCCGGACAACCCGACCUCGGGCUAUGGCCUAAACCUGACCAAGUCGUGGAUCGACCUGACCACGUUGUCGCGCUUCUACCAUCCAUUCAACAGCCGGAAGAACGAUGACGUCCACAAUUGGCUUCUGCUCGAGCUGGAGGACAUCAAGAAACGGAACGGGGCCGACGAUACCAACAUGGUUGUGAUGGAGGACAUGGUCUCCAAUAUCACCACUUCUGACUCCGUCUGGGGGUCCAGUGUUCCGACCGGCACAUACUUUGAGGGUACCAAUGUCGUCGUCUACAUACGAGGGACAGACGAUCCCGAGGGCCGGUGGUGGCAAGAAGGUGGAUAUAACAAAGAGAAGAUCAUAGGAAAGGGUGGCGUCCUGUUGAAUGCCCAUUAUGACUCUGUCUCCACCGGCUUUGGCGCAACAGACGAUGGCAUGGGCUGCGUUACCCUGAUAGCAUUGGUCGACUACUUCUCCCGCCCCGAGAAGAGCCCACAGAGAGGUAUUGUAGCUUUGUUCAACAAUAACGAGGAAGAUUUCCUCUGGGGAGCUCAGGCCUUCGGAAACAGCCCGCUUAUGCCUUUCUGUCACACAUUUCUCAAUCUUGAAGGAGCUGGAGCGGGUGGCCGCGCAACUCUUUUCCGAACAUCUGAUGCAGAGGUCACAAAUGCCUACAGGGAAAGUCCGAGUCCUUUCGGGACAGUCAUCUCAUCCGAUGCCUUUGGCCUGGGAGCCAUCAGGAGCAACACUGAUUAUGUGGUCUUCAAUGGAAUCUACGGCAUACGUGGCCUGGAUAUGGCCUUCUACCGUCCGCGAGCAAGAUAUCAUACUAAUGAAGAUGAUGCAAGGCAUGCCUCGAGGGCCAGUCUUUGGCAUAUGCUCAGCAACUCGUUGCAUACAGUCUCAUAUCUCUCAGGAGAUACCGGCAACACUUUCGUCGGAAGUCGAGGAGACGGCGACCACAGGAAGGUGAAAAACGGACGAGGGAAUAACGGUGUCUGGUUCGACCUCUUCGGGCAGUCGUUUGCCCUCUUCGAGCUCCACUCCCUGUUUGCGUGGUCUUUGACUCUCCUGAUUGCCACGCCCCUCAUCCUCUUGGCUCUGACAUACCUACUUGUUCGAAAGGACAAGUACUAUUUCUUCACGGCAAAGAUAUCUGUCUAUGAGGGUGAUACCUUUGACACAGUCAAUAUUGGAGGUAACAAGGGAAUCAUCCGGUUCCCCUUCGCUCUGCUCGUUGCUGGGGCGCUGGUAGUCGGCUCUGCCUACUUGAUCACCAAGAUUAACCCAUUGAUCAUUUAUAGCAGCGAGUAUACUGUAUGGGCGAUGAUGCUCUCAAUUUUCUACUUCUCCUUCUGGACAAUCAUGGCUGGUGCGAAUUUCGCUAGACCUAGCGCUCUGCACAGAGGCUACGCCAUUAUAUGGCUCUUCAUCAUUGGUUGGGCGAUACUAGUCGCUGACACCGUCUUCGAAGAUCGAUUCCGUAUCUCGGCUGGCUACGUCUUCGUCUUCUUCCAUUCCGCGGUCUUUCUAGCCGCCUUCAUCACCCUUUGUGAGCUUUUUGGCCUGCCCACGAAGAACUCCUUCGGGCAGCGAGCACACGACGAGCAUGAGAUCAGUGAUGAUGGCGGGGAUCAAUUCAGAGACCAGGUCGAUGGAGCCCCACAAUCAGAUGACCUGAUAUCACCAACUCCCGAUGAAGUGGUUGAAGAAGGUGAUGACCAUGAUGACGACGAUGAAGAGCCCCAAUCCGCUGCCACGGAGACAACUCCUCUAAUAGGCGGUGGCCCUGGUCAAGAGCCCAAUACCACGUUUGCGACAACCUACAGACAAUCGAUAUCGGCGGUUCUGGACAAGACCAAAUCUGGCCAGGGCACCAAGGGUCAGGCGUACGAAUUUGAGCAGCCGUGGUCAGGCAGCCUCCCGAGCUGGGUUUGGAUCCUGCAAUUCCUACUCCUCGGACCAUUCCUCAUCAUCCUAAUCGGUCAAAGUGGCCUUGUUCUAGUUGCUUCUCUCUCACAGACUGGAUCUGACGGAUCAAGCCUUUUGCUUCCUUACCUGACAAUAGCUCUUUUCAGCAUUCUCCUUCUGCUGCCGAUCACGCCGUUUGUGCAUCGGAUCACUCACCACGUUCCGAACUUCCUCUUGUUGGUAUUCGCUGCGACGCUCAUCUAUAACCUGUUAGCUUUUCCAUUCUCGGCGGAGAACAGGUACAAGAUCUACUUCCAGCAGACUGUUGACCUCGAUACCGGUUUGUCGAAGGUCAGCUAUGUUGGAAUUCAGGAGUUCGUUGAACAAACCGUGGCUGAGCUCCCAUCUGCUAUGGGGAAGGAAUUGGACUGUCAAUCGCACGCCAGCCCACGCGCUGGCUUGACCAGUUGUUCCUAUGACGGCUCGGACGUUCUACCUGAUGUCGUAAAGACGAAUCCGAACGGGAUCCCGCCACAAAAGGGCUUCGAUAGCUGGCUGACCUACAACAUAACCCGAGCCAAUAACACGUCCAAGGCUAGAUUUGAGAUUGAUGCGAAGGAAACCAGGUCUUGCGCAAUUACAUUCAAGAAGCCAGUUUCGUCGUUCAAAGUCGUCGGCGGCAAUGAGCCUGACGACCGAUUUGGAGCCAUGCCGGACGAUGGCUUGACCAAGAUCAAACUCUACCGUCGGGACUGGAACACACCGUGGAAAGUCGAUGUCCAGUGGGAGGCAGCCGAAGCAGAAGCCGGUGGAAUCGAUGGGCGCAUUUUAUGCAGUUGGGACGAUGUCAAUACGGCCGGAGCGAUACCUGCGUACGACGAAGGCCUGAAAUUCGCGCCCACGUGGGUGGCUCUUUCGAAGCUGACAUCCGGAUUGUGCGAAGGCAGCAAAGCCUUCAAAGCUUGA